CGAAACCUGCAUUCACCCAAUCACACAUUUCUAAUUUUAAUGGACAUCCCAUCUCCGUCUCGCUUCUCAUGCGCACAGCUUCCGGUCAGCUUGUAUCCAGCCUAUCUUCCAGCCUGGCUACCAAAUGAGCGAAGACUGUCUCUACCUGAACGUCUUCACGCCCCUAGGGGCAGCCACUUCUGGAGCGCCUAAGAAAGUCAUGUUCUGGAUCUACGGUGGAGCUUUUCUCUAUGGAGACGCCUUCGCCUAUAUGCCCUCCAGGAUGGUCACAGACUAUGACGUCAUAGUGGUCACCAUCCACUACAGGGUGAACGUAUUCGGAUUCCUCAGUUAUGGAAAAGGAGACGGCAACUACGGCCUCUACGACCAACUGAUGGCCCUGCAGUGGACCAAAAACAACAUCAGACCGUUCGGCGGUGACCCGAAUGAUAUCACAAUCUUCGGCGAGUCUGCCGGCUCUGCCAGCGUGUCCUUCCUGUCUCUGAGUCCAUACGCUAAGGGAUUGUUCACCAAGGGGAUCCUGCAGAGUGGCACCGCCACGGCCGGCUGGGCACUGAACCGAGACCCGCAAAGCCAGUUCAUAUCUCUGGCCAGAGAGACCGGUUGUCUCCCCUGGUUCUACCUGUCCUGGCUCAGGUAUGCUGACUUAUUAUAGAACAGCCUGCUGCUGGCCUGCUCAACUACCCCACCCUCCAUUGUGUUGCUACUGUUUAUUCUUUCCAAUGUGCACACAGA